UAAAACUCAACACUAUUGCCAUUCUUUCUUAUGGAUUCUUGAGAAGUACGAGCUAGGUUACGAGAAAUUACCUGCAUUUUCCUGCUCCAAGCAGCGUAGACUCAGAGGAGAUCAUGGAGAAAGUAGAGGCGGAAUCCAGAGAUGAAGCAAUGAGAUCCAGAACCGCUUUCCGAUGUGCAAAAGCAGCAUUUGUGCUUUCUUCGCUCAAAUCCUCCCAAAAUCACUACCUCAGAGCCACUGUCUAUGAAAUAGUGAAGGAGAAAGAGAAGCUGAGGAAAACUUUGGGAGAUUUGAAGGUCGAGUUGGCUAGGGAGCGUCUGAGGAAUAAGAGGAUCAAGCUCUGCGGUUUGAUGGAAUUCGUUCUUCAGAUCCUGCUGGUGAUAACUCUUUCGAGCUUCUUCUUUUUUAUCGCCUUCAAAUCUACCUGAACUCUGAUAGAACCAGUAGUAGGUCCACGGAGUUCGAUUAUGGAACAACGCUAACCAGUUGUUCACCGAGUACAUUACUGGAAUCAUCAGCUACCCUUUUUAUUUUGUAGUCGCAGCAUAGGUUCGAAUGCGUGAAUUUCUUCGACAAGCUCUGUAGAGUCUUCAAUUUCAAAGGCUUCAGAAUUUUCUUAGUUACUUGGUUCAAACGAAGUCGUCCAUUUCAAGUGUCAAAA